AAUCAUGAAACAUCACUGACUGGCCACAAUGUCGUAAUAUAUGAGGUCGAUCACCGCAUAGGAGAUGAAACAUUUCCUGAAAUCAAUCAUCGCAUAAGAGAUGAAUCAUUUCUCGGAGAGAAUCGUUCCAUAGAAGAUGAUGCAUCUUGGACGUUAAAAACUGGAAAAAAUGGUUCAGAAGUGUUAAGACAAGAUCGUGAAAAAAUUCCA